AUGAGUGGCUUCAGCAGUUUACCUUACCUGGGAGUGUUGGUCAUAGCUGUGAUCGGCAACAAGAUGCUGGAUGACUGCCUGUCUUCCAAACCUAGAUUCACCAUGAACGUCGUGCUGCUGGAAGACAACACGUACGCGUGGAGUCGGCCCUUCGUGCAGGCUGCAGUGGAGCGAGCCAUCGAAGAGGACAGGAAGGAGAACAUUAAACAUAAUUUAAGCUUCACUUUGACGGCCAACUUCCAAGGCUUCAACACCACCCUGUACAACCGGCAGGGCUGUGGAAGCAGCACCUGUGAGGGCGUCGCCAUACUCAAGAUGCUGCAUAAUAAAGGUGAAGUUGGAUGUGUUAUGCUGGGUCCUUCCUGCACGUAUGCUACCUUCCAAUUAGUGGAUGAUGAAAUUGGACUGACCCUGAGCAUUCCGAUCAUUUCUGCCGGGAGCUUCGGCCUCUCUUGUGACUACAAGCCCAAACUGACUCGGAUCUUGCCGCCGGCACGCAAGAUCUCGUACAUGUUCUCCCACUUUCUGAGGGAGAAGUUUCUAUUCAAGGAUGAGUGGAAUCAUGUUUAUGUGUACAAGAAGUCGAUCUGUAACGCGACCGAGGACUGCUUCUGGUACACCAAUGCACUGGAAGCACCUUCAUCCAACUUUGCCACAAAGAUAAAGAGAGAGAUGCUACGUUCUGAGGACGAACUAAAGAAAGCUCUCACUUCUGAGAAAAGACACAGUAACAUUUUCAUCAUUUGUGGCCGUCCCCGUGACGUUAUUUCACUGGAGGCCAAAGUGGGCCCACUUCACCAGGAUAUCAUGUUCAUUCUCGUGGACAUUUACAAUCCGGAGUAUUAUGUCAACACUACAUCCAGUCAGGGCAUGCAGAAAGUCCUGGUCAUCACUCUGCCACGGAGGAACUAUAACUAUUUACCCUAUAACGACACAAUCAAUGACUAUGUGGCUGGCUAUCAUGACGGUGCUCUACUGUUUGGUAAAGUGCUGAGGGAGAGGAUGUUGAGUCAGCAGAGUAACUAUGGUAACCGAGGAGCUCAUGAAGUCCCACUGAGUGACAACCCAUUCGGGAAUGUCUCCUUCAACGGCAUGGGAGGCCACUAUGUGCUGGACGAGUAUGGUGACAGAGACGUUAACUUCUCGAUGAUUUACACAUCGACAGUUACCGGCAAGUAUGAGACUCUGUUAGUAUUUGACACAUCAAGGAAUGAAACCGUAGACGUGGCCCAUAACCCUGAUCUGCCAUGGAAAGGAAAUCACCUGCCCAAAGAUGUACCAGAAAGUUUACAAGACUUGAACUUGCAGGAUGUGAUUGUGAUCGUUCUGAGCCUCAGUGUUGUCGUGGUGACCGCCAUCGCUCUCAUCUUCUACAAGCAGAACAGAAAAGAACAUCAAAUGCAGAAAAAGUGGUCUCACAUCAACCCUCACCUGAUUGGUCCGCUGGACGAAAAGGAGGUCUCCCUAAAGAUCGAUGACGAUAAAAGGAAGGACAGCACGUACUUCACACAUCGAGGCCGCUACGACAAAAAGCCAGUUAUCUUGAAAGAGCUGAGACAGACCGAUGGAAACUUCACAGAGGACCAGAAGAUUGAGCUCAACACUCUGCUGCGGAUCGAUUACUACAACCUGACAAAGUUCUAUGGCACAGUGAAGUUUGAGUACGGUGUGUUUGGAGUGUUUGAGCUGUGUCAGAGAGGCUCCCUCAGGUACAUUCUGAAUGACAGAAUCUCUUACCCAGAUGAAACCUUCAUGGACAUGGAGUUUAAAAUAUCAGUCAUGUAUGAUAUAGCAAAGGGCAUGUCAUAUCUCCACUCCAGUAACAUUGAAGUCCACGGGCGCCUCAAGUCCACCAACUGUGUGGUUGACAACCGCAUGGUGGUGAAGAUCACCGACUUCGGCUGCCACACCAUCCUGAGGCCAUGCAGAGAUGUAUGGACAGCCCCGGAGCACCUCCGUAAGGAUGGGGUAUCUCAAAAAGGAGACGUCUACAGCUAUGGCAUCAUCGCGCAUGAAAUCAUUCUGAGGCGGGCACCGUUCUAUACGCAGUUCUGCUCGAGUCGUACAGAGAAGAUGUACCGAGUGCAGCAUCCCGAUGGGAUGGGUUUCUUUAGACCAGAACUCAACUUUGAUGGCGUGUCAGAGAAGGAUAUUGAGUUGUACAUGCUGAUAAAGAACUGCUGGGAUGAAGAUCCAGAACGGAGGCCGGAUUUUAAGAAAAUCGAGUUAACUCUGGGUAAGAUUUUCAGCAACCUGCACAAUCAAGCCACGGAGACAUACAUGGACAACCUCAUCCGUCGCCUCCAGAUGUACUCCAGGACCUUGGAGCAUCUGGUGGAGGAGAGAACGUCUUUGUACAAGGCUGAGAGGGACCGAGCAGACCUCCUUAACUUCAUGCUACUUCCUGGCCCAGUGGUGCGUUCGCUGAAGGAGACGGGCAGAGUGGAGCCGGAGCUCUAUGAAGAGGUGACGGUGUACUUCAGCGACAUUGUGGGAUUCACCACCCUGUGCCACUACAGCACCCCCAUGGAGGUGGUCGACAUGCUCAAUGAGAUCUACAAGAACUUUGACAGUGUCCUUGACCACCAUGAUGUCUACAAGGUUGAAACAAUAGGAGAUGCAUACAUGGUUGCGUCAGGUUUGCCUAAACGCAACGGUGACAGACAUGCAGUAGACAUCGCACACAUGGCCCUGGACAUCUUGUCAUUUGUUGGGACGUUUGAGCUGCAGCACUUGCCUGACAUUCCUUUGUGGAUACGUAUUGGUGUGCAUUCAGGGCCCUGUGCUGCUGGAGUAGUGGGGAACAAGAUGCCCCGCUACUGUCUGUUUGGAGAUACAGUCAACACCACGUCACGAAUGGAAUCCACGGGCCUGCCUUUGAGAAUCCAUGUAAGUCAGUCCACCAUCAACAUCCUGCAGAGGACUGACUGUAAAUUUGAGUACGAGCAGAGAGGAGAGACAUACCUGAAGGGCAAAGGUAAAGAGAUGACUUACUGGUUAACUGGAGUGACUGGAGGAAAAUAUAAUCUACCCACGCCACCAACAGCGGAGAACUUCCAGCGACUGCAGCAGGACCUGGCGGAGAUGAUCGUGUCCAGCUUGGAAAAGCGCGGAGAAGGCAGAGAGAGCUUCGAAAAGAGGAAAACGUUGUCCGCCAGACGCAGAGAAACCAACAGCAGCUUUCAGGGGGAAAGCCCACCAGAAUACUUCCACCUGGCUGUCACUGAUGACCCCAGUACUUAUCUGUGAUGACAGAGUACUGCCCCAUGCAGUGUCAGCCAUAAUCUGCACCUGUUUGAAUGAACACUGCUAGAAUUGUUUGGACAUAGCUGCAGUGACUCACGCAGGCAUGUGGAAACUGAGACUCACAGCAUGCUGAGGCAGUUAUUUUUGCAUCGUGUUCAUUCUUCAUUUCCAACUGCCUGCAGCCCAUCCUUCCCGCAUCAACUUUUUAGUAAGAGCAAGGAAGGCAUUUAACGGCAUCAUAUACAAACCGCCAUUAUUUAAAGAGCUCAGCCUAAAAUGGGAAUCCAAAUCAAAUAAGUGAUAUCUUAAUGAUAUGUUUUAUAUUUGUUGUGUACCACAUUGUUUUCACUCAUUGAUUUAUGUUUUAGGGAUUAGUGUCCAAUAUGCUCGACUAAAGUAUUCCUCAUGAUUGACACACAGGUUGAGGGAUACAAGUGUAUAGUUAACUAUUCACAGCCGUAUGAGGCGGCACGGUGGGCGACUGGUUAGAGCGUCAGCCUCACAGGUCUGAGGACCCGGGUUCAAUCCCCGGCCCCGCCUGUAUGGAGUUUGCAUGUUCUCCCCGUGCCUGGGUGGGCAACUCCGGUUUCCUCCCACAUCCCAAAAACAUGCAUUAAUUGUCAACUCUAAAUUGCCCGUAGGUGUGACUGUGAGUGCGAAUGGUUGUUUGUUUGUAUGUGCCCUGCAAUUGGCUGGCAACCAGUUCAGGGUGUACCCCGCAUUCCUGCCUGAUGACAGCUGGGAUAGGCUCCAGCAUGCCCGCGACCCGCGUGAGGAGAAGCGGCUCAGAAAAUGGAUGUAUGAGUCAAACAAACACUAUAACAAUAUAUGAAAAAUAAAAAUAAAUAAAUUAAUGUAAAUUUUUUUUUAAAAAGAGCAGUGAAGAAAAAACUAAGUGAGUGUUGAAUCAUGGAUGUGAAGUCAUCAUCUUGAAACACACAAUGAAGUAUUCAGUGCACUUUCUACAUGUGGGGGUGGCCUCUUAUCAGUGAUGUUCUUAUGUCAAAUUGGUAAGGGACCAACCAAUUAAUUUACUCCAUUUGCUUUGUUACAAAUUGGAAACAUGAGAAAAAAUCCAUUGGGAUUCAUUAGCAAAUGUCACAAAUGACAUUAAAUUCAUCUACCGGGUAAAGCAAUGUAUAAUUGAGUUGCUCUGAUUCUUUUUUAAGGUCACCUCUAAUGUUUGCGACGUCAUUUGUUGCCGGGCAGAGUUGGUAGGGCUCAAUCAUGACGGCCCCUAAAACAUUUUGGCAUUGGCAGUCAUCUGGACUCAACUGUUUGAACAGCGAACUGGAGAAUGUGACGUGAGCCACACUUACAA